GCGCCCUCUGGCAGUUGUCACUUGCUCCGGAACACCGAGGGGCGUUCUGCGUGUCAGAGAGUGUUGAGCAUUUUUAUUGUGUGCUAGACGAAAGAGGCGCAGGCAGCAGCGAUGGUGAGAGUGUGUGCCGUGGAGGGCUGUUUAUCGUCGGACUUGACGCAUUUGGCGCAUCGAUUUCCCAAGGAUGCAGCGCGAGCGAGAGAGUGGCAGGAAGCUCUAGCCUUGCAGGGCAAGGACGUUGAAAUGCUGAUGGAGAAGCACACGGUGUGCACGCUGCACUUCGAGAAGAAGGACUACAGGAAUAUCGAGUCCAGGCACUUGAACAAGACGGCUCUGCCGAAGCUCGUUACGAGUUUCUGGUCGCCUCCGCUCAAGGAUAAGACUUUCGAGAUUGCCAUUGAGAUGAAGGAUGCGGCGAGGGACAAAAAUGCAUUGCAUGUGAAUAUCAUUGACCACAAGAGCAUGACCAUUGAGGAGAUUGAGCAAGAACAGGCGGAUGAGCAGCAAGAGCUGGAGGAGUUUGAUGAGGAAGACGAAGCCGUUUACGAGGCAAUGAAUGACGGAAAGAGCGUCGAUGUGGUGAGAAAGCUGAAGUCUAACGAGCGAGGAGAGUAUUAUAUUGUGGUGGAAGAGGAGGAGGACUUGGGUGAUGAGCCAAAGAGUCAGAAGAGGAGGAAUUUGGACAUUUCCUCGCAAAAGAGCAAAAAGCAGUGUGCAGUUGCUGAGAGACACGAAAUACCCGAAGAGUCCGUAUUAAUUGACGACGAGGAAACAGAGGACUAUGACUUCGAGGAAAGGGUGUAUCAUGAUGCAAAGACCCAGACGGAGGACGAUCUGGAAGAUGUCGAUGAGGAGCUCCUCUGUUCUGGCUAUUGGCAAUACUCAAAGGAGGAGCUGAUUCGCAUGCUGCUCAAGAAGGAUGAGAAAUGCAUAGAACUGGAGAAGAAGGUAUUGGAUUUCAAGCAAGCCAAGGAGAAGAUGCUUCAGAGUAUUGAAAUGCUGAAGAUGAUGUAAAUAAAUCGCUAAUUAUUGUGCUGAAAGCAGAUUCAGUUUCUUAUGGCGAAUUCGCGGCGAACGCCCAAGAGCC